UCCCGAGUGAAUGUGGAUGGUUCUGUUACGUGCAAGGAGAAAUGUGGUCCAUCUGUUUCAGUGGCGCUUGUGGGAGUGGCUGGCGACCGUCAAAAGAAGACAGUUGUUUUAACUGACGAGAGCAAUCAAUUUCACUUUUCAGACAUAUUGCCUGGAAAGUAUAGAGUUGAGGUCAAAAGCAUUUCGCCGGAAACAGCAUCUGAGGAAGACAAUUGGUGCUGGGACCGUAGCUCCAUUGAUGUGAAUGUCGGAACUGAGGAUAUCAAAGGGAUCGAAUUUGUCCAGAAGGAUUAAUAUUGUCUCCACCCAUGAGGUGGAUGCUAAAAUUCUUCAUCCUUAGUGGGUUACCUACUAAUUUAAAAAUCAAGAAAGGUUUGCAGAAAAUAUGCGUUGAGUCACCUGGUGGGCAUGAGCUUCAACUUUCUGACUCUUGCAUAUCCUUUGGGAGCAAUUCAAUAAAGAUAGAUGUCUCAAAUCCCCAGCCUAUUCAUCUGAGAGCAGAGAAGUACCUCGUUAAAGGUCUGAUAAAUGUGGAGUCUAGCUCAACCGAGAUUGAAUCUGAGUUGCCAGAGAAUUUCAUUGUUGAUAUUCAAGACAAGGAAGGAAGUGUUAUCAACAGUAUUUCUGCUAAACUUGCAUCUGAUGGGAGUGGUGUGUACGAGUACUAUACCUGGGCAAAUCUUGGAGAAAAGAUUAGCUUUGUUCCUCGGGAUUCUAGGAGUAAUGUGGGGAAGAAGAUGUUGUUUUAUCCGAAAGAGCUUCGUGCGGUAGUGUCAAAUGAUGGUUGCCAAGCUGCUGUUUCCCCAUUUACUGGUCGACUUGGUCUUUACAUACAAGGAUCGGUCUCUCCUCCUCUUCCCGGUGUUAACAUUAAGGUCUCUGCAGCAAAAGACAGCCUUAUUUCUUCACUUAAGAAAGGCGAAGUAGCUGUUGAAACAAGCACAUCACCAGAUGGUUCUUUUGUUGCUGGGCCUUUGUAUGAUGAUAUACCAUAUGACACAGAUGCUUCAAAGCCUGGCUACCAUAUUAAAAGACUAGGACCAUAUUCCUUCUCCUGCCAGAAGCUUGGUCAGAUCUCUGUGCGUGUUUUCUCAAAGGAAACUAUGAGGAGGCAACGAGUGAUAUUAGUGGAAAUUAUCGGCUGAGAGGGUUACAUCCAGAUGCAACAUAUUUAAUCAAAGUAUCUAAAAAGAAUGGCUCAGGCAACAAUAAAAUUGAACGUGCAUCUCGAGAAUCGGUUUCUCUCCAGGUUUGUUUCUGAUUCUCCAUAAUACUAUUUCAUUCUUAUAAUCCGCAGUUUGAACAACAGAAUAGACCUGACGUUUCAUCAUCUUCUUAUAGAUUGGUUAUGAAGAUAUCCACGGGCUCGACUUUUUGGUCUUUGAGCAACCAGAAACGACCAUAUUAACAUGCCAUGUAUGAUAAUUUGUGGGAUUAUGAGAGCUUCUAAGUGUUUUAACCGUGAUGAAGCACAAGAACAAAGUAAGAAAGGAGUGAAGUAACCGUAAGUAUU